CAGUUUAGCGCGAUGCGCAUGUUUUUGCAGCGUGCUCUCUUGAGUUAAAUGCUUCCUAUUUUGAUAUUGAAGUAUGCAUAGAAUUGUACGCGCCCUUGCAAAGAACCGAAGAAGGCGUAACAUUAGAAGCAUAUUUAGCCUUACAUCAGUGUGGAAUCCAAAGAUAAAUGCCGAUACAAGGCUCAAAGUUGAAGAGUUUUGGAAGGACAAGGUUAACCAAGUGCCCCCUCAACAUGUGGAUCCGGACAAAAAAAUGUACGUUCUGUCCAUGUUUCCAUACCCAUCUGGACAGCUGCACCUUGGACAUGUUCGUGUAUACACCAUCAGCGACACAUAUGCCCGCUUCUAUACCAUGCAUGGUAAACAGGUCAUCCAUCCUAUGGGCUGGGACAGCUUUGGCUUGCCAGCAGAAAACGCGGCUGUGGAGAGAAAUGAGAAUCCCAGAGUAUGGACAGAAAGAAACAUUGAGUCAAUGAAGAAACAGCUCAAAGAUCUAAACUUCAACUUUGACUGGAACAAGGAGCUGUCAACGUGCGAUCCUAAUUACUACAAGUGGACCCAGCACCUCUUCCUAAAACUUUAUGAGAGAGGAUUGGUCUACUGUAGAAGUGCAGUGGUUCACUGGGACCCUGUGGACCAGACAGUGCUGGCAGAUGAGCAAGUAGAUGCUGAAGGUCGCUCCUGGCGUUCGGGCGCCAAAGUGGAAAAGAAAAACCUCCGUCAGUGGUUCAUUCGCACUACCUAUUUCUCUAAGGACCUUCUUGAAGGCCUUCGUGACUCUGAACGCAACAACUGGGAUGAGGUAGGCCCCCUUCAGCGUGGCUGGAUCGGCGAUUGCACUGGAUUUUCAUUUGAAUGGAGUGUCAUCGACAGCAAUGGGAACCCUCAUUCAGAUCUGUUGCGUGUGUGGACUGAGGAACCUGAGUUCCUGGGUGCAGUGACAUUUGUGGCUCUUUCACCAGACCACAGCAUGGCAUUGUCCAUUGAAAAUUCCUCUAGCAGUGCUACAGGAAAGGGCAAAUAUUAUGCACUAAACCCCAUAUCCGGAAAGAAAAUUCCAUUGCUGGUGUCUAGCGAUUUUCAGUUUCCUCGAGCUACUAAUUGCCAUUUGGGAACACCCAGUCUGUGCAAAGAAGAUCUUGCAUUUGCCAUUCAGCAUGAUAUUGAAGUGAUUAGGGUUGUCAAUGAGGAUGACCCAACACAUCUUAUCAAUUCAGGCAUGCUAACGGGCCUGUCUGCCAAGGCUGCACGAUUGCAAGUGUGCCAGCAGGCACAGCAACAAGGCCGGGGUGGCUAUCCUUGCAGUAGUCACCUCAAGGAUUGGCUCAUCUCUAGGCAACGCUACUGGGGUACACCUAUCCCCAUCAUACACUGCACAACUUGUGGGGUUGUUCCUGUGCCAUACGAGCAACUUCCUGUUGAGCUACCUUCUUUGAACAACGUGACCAAGGAAGGUGUUUCACCAUUGUGUGGUGCCCAUGACUGGCUCAGCACUCCGUGUCCCAGGUGUUAUGGACCAGCAACACGUGAGACGGACACCAUGGACACGUUUGUCGACAGUUCCUGGUAUUACCUGCGCUUUCUUGACCCGAGAAAUCAGCAGAAAAUUGUAGAUCCAGCUUUGUCACGUGAAUUGAUGCCUGUUGACCUCUACAUUGGUGGCCUUGAGCAUGCUGUUAUGCACCUGUAUUAUGCUCGUUUCAUCAACCACUUCUGUCAUAGCCUGGGCUUGACAGAAGCCAAAGAGCCAUUUUUGAGGAUGCUCGUGCAUGGAAUGGUGGUGAAUGAAACUUUCAAGCUUGCCAGCACUGGCCGGUACCUGCCCCGUGACAUGGUAGCUCAAAAGGAGACCAAGCUAUUCCACAAGGAGACGGGAGAAACAGUUGUUAUGGACUGGGAAAAAAUGAGCAAGUCAAAGCACAACGGUGUUAAACCAGAGGACAUAGUGUCAGAACAUGGAAUAGACACUACUAGACUGUUCAUCCUUUGUGCCUACUCCCCAACAUCACGCUACAAAUGGCCCAGUCCUGCAUUUCGUGGAAUUGUCAGCUGGCAGGAGCGGCUGUGGCUGACUGUACAUGAUUUCCGGAAUAGUGUGAAACGACCACUGGAACAGGCACAGUCCAGUCCAGAAUUUGCAGAGCGGGAGGCAUACUACUACGAGGGCAGAAAUCACCAUGUAAAAAAUGUAACAUUCAUGUACAAUGUCACUCGGCAGCUCAACCUAGUCAUCAAGGACCUCCAAAUAUUCACAAAGCAUUUACGGUACAAGAACCGUGGAGAAGUGGUGUUUGGAAGAGAGUUUGAGCGUGCUCUAGCUGCUCUACUGCUUAUGUUUGCACCACUGGCACCUCACUUUGCCUCAGAGCUUUGGGCAGGAUUCGCCGAUGCUGCUCGCUUCAGAGAUGUUGAAUAUCAAGUAGACCGCCCUCUUGUGGAACAGCUAUGGCCACAAGUCGACGCAGAUUUCAACUUAGACCUUCUUAUUAAGGAAGACAAUGUGGACUUGAUGAGGAUACAGCUGCCGCGCCAUGACUUUGAACGCUUGACAAAGGAGUCUGCAUAUCAAAUGGCCAUUAAAUCUGACAGUCUCCGUCAUCGCUUGCAGAAAGGACCAAAGUUUCGUGUUGUGUUUGACCACUACCCUUCAUACAAAGCAGAGCUAAGGUUCAUCUCUCGAGGGAAACACGCUGAAGAACAUCAGAAAGUACUUUCUCAAAAUCGUAUUGAAUAAGACAAUUGAGACUCUGAGAGUUGUAGUUUUAAAAUUAUUGCGUCAAGCUAAAUAAACAUUAUUUUAUUUUAACAGCUGAUGUCUCUAACAGAAGCCCAAUAUAUGACUCCUGCUGCAAAAAUAAAAAUUCCCUCCUUCUUA